AUGGACAAGCAAACGUCAGCUAAUAUACAUGUGCGACCAAGGAUAGCUGCUACAAACAAGAAUUCUGGAAGUUGGUCACAAACAAAUCGUACUUUUUUGUCUGCCGAAGGCCAAACAGCCAUGGAAUAUAAUAUUCGUAUGAGCAAAAUUAAAGAGAAAGUACAAUUCAAACCAGAACUUGUAUGGUCACCACGUGUGCGACGAUGGCUGGAUACAUCAUUUCAAGUCCGAAUGCUGGAUAAUACCGGUUCCACUAUAUAUCUAAUCUCAUGUGCAUCGUACUUGCCCGAAAAUAUAUACGUUUAUCGGAACAAUACAGUUCGGCUGUCGAAUGGCUUAUAUAUGUUCAUGGUUACCAAUUCUUCAUUUGGCAAAAGUGACUUUUAUAAACUAUACAAACAUGCUAUUUCAAAUUGUUAUCAGGUGAAAAUGACUGGUGAAAUGCUUCCAAGACCAAAUACCAAUGAUCCACAAGUAUCCAAUCUUGUUAAAUGUCCUUACUUUAUUGAUGAUUUUACCAAGUUGGGUCUUUUAAAUGGUCUUGUCAAUUUUCUUCAACUUAUUCUUGCCGAUGAAGCCGAUCCAUUUCUUAUUCGUAAUGGAUUAAUACCACCUCUUACAUUACCAUCAAACGGUGGUAACGACAAUUUUAACAUAAACGACAUUGCUUUACAAGCUUAUAGUGGUGAAUGCUGCGUUUUAAAAAGCACAGCUACUGAAUCAAUUCAUAUUAAAUGCAAAAAGCUUUGUAUUUUGGGCAAUUGCACAUCAGAAAGUACAAUUCGUUUAAUGCGGCGGAAAAAUAAUUAUGAACAACCAUCACCAUUUGUUGAACGUUCUAGUUUUUUUUGGGUGCCUAUGCCACUCACACUUGAAAAGUUCAAACAACCUCAAUGGCCAUCUUCUGAACCAACUGAAGAUCAAAUUUGUAUGACAUUGGAUAUAUUAAGCAAUAUCGAUUUUUAUUUUGACGAUGAUAGUCGUCAUCUUAUAAUCAGUUUCGGUAAUGCAUUGAUGUUUCAAGGUCAGUAUUAA